AUGGCUGCUAAUCCGCCGAAGCGACUAGGGCAACCGAAACUGCGAACUAGCUGCGAUCAAUGCGGUGCGGCCAAGGUGAAAUACGACCGUGGCCAGCCCGAGUGCGGACGAUGUGUCUCUCACGGCAGGGCAUGCGUCUAUGGGGUUUCACGGAAAAUGGGCAAGCGGCCGCGAGUGAAACUU